AUGUUUCAGGAAAUGCUUCAAAGAACAUCAGAAGAUUUUUUUCCAAAGAUGGAAAGUUCAGUUGAAGAAAUGGAUACCUCUGAUACCCAGUGGGGCUGGUUUUAUUUGGCUGAGUGUGGUAAAUGGCAUAUGUUUCAGACUGAUUCAAACAAUCAUUGCUCUGUUAGCAGUGAAGAUAUUGAAAGGAGCUUCCGAACAAACCCACAUGGUUCUGUUUCUUUUACUACGGCAAAAUUUAACUACAUGCUAGACUUUUCAGUGAUGAAACAAACCAACCUAACUACCCUUAAGCAACGUCCAAUAAAGCGAGCUCCUUUUUCUAUCAGUGCUUUCAGUUUCAUCUGUGAAAAUGAGGCUAUCCCUAUGCCUUCACACUGGGAGAAUGUAAAUACUGAGGAGCCAUAUCAGCUUAUUCCAUUGCAAAAGAAAACAAAUGAAUAUAAUGAAGUUUCUAGUCUCUUUGGAAAAACAAUGGAUAGCCACCGAAUUAAAAGAAUUAAGAGAAUACAAAAUCUAGACUUGUGGGAGUUUUUUUGCAGGAAGAAAGCUCAACUAAAGAAGAAAAGAGGUGUCCCAACUAUUAAUGAGCAGAUGUUAUUUCAUGGUACCAGUAAUGAAUUUGUAGAAGCAAUAUGUAUUCAUAAUUUUGAUUGGAGAAUAAAUGGGAUGCAUGCUGCUGUAUAUGGAAAAGGGACCUAUUUUGCAAGAGAUGCAUCAUACUCCAGUCGUUUCUGCAAAGAGGACAUGAAGCAUGGAGAUACUUUUCAAAUUCAUGGUGUGAAUCUGCAGCCUCAUCUGCAUCGACCAGAUAAAGUCAUGUUUCUUGCUCGCGUAUUAACUGGUGACUAUAUCAACGGUGAUUCAAAAUAUAUGAGGCCUCCUUCAAAAGAUGGAAGUUUUGUGAACUUGUAUGACAGCUGUGUGGAUAAUACCUGGAACCCAAAGAUCUUUGUUAUCUUUGAUGCCAACCAAAUCUACCCUGAAUACUUAAUAGAAUUUUGUUAAGUGUGAAAGGAGCUGAACUGAAUAUUGUUUGUGUCUUUUUGAUACUUUUGUUCCUUUUGUAAAGACAACAAUAUAAAAACGUGAAGUGUGAAAGGAGAGAGGUGACAGAAAAGCUAGC